AUGCUUCCAAGCAACGGUUGGAUUCGUAUCGGCGGAGACGACACGCGACAAACGAACUGCCAUCCUUCGCCUCCUCCGCCUCUCUCUCUCUCUCUCUCUUUCUCUACAGGUGUGAGAGAGAGAGAGAAAGCGAAGGAGCGUCAAACCUCCUCUCAUCGGUUCACUAUAACCCUAAUGCUUUGGACGCCCGGAGGCUCAAUCCCUACCGAGGAACCGGACCGGGGGGAUGGGGAAUCGAGCGCCUCUCCCUCUCGUGGUGGCGACCAUCUCGCUGCUGUUGUGGAGCAUCGCCGGGCUCCGCGGCGGCCGGAGGAUCCCGACGACGUUAGACGGCCCCUUCGAACCCGUCACGGUGCCGCUCGACGGUAGGGUGGCCCGGGGGCACGCCGUCGACCUGCCCGCCUCCGAUUUUAGGUUGCAGAGGAAGGUGACGGAGUUGGAACCGGAGCAGAUCUCCGUCUCCCUCUCCGCCACUGAGGACUCCGUCUGGAUCUCAUGGGUUACAGGGGAGUUUCAAAUUGGCAAAGACAUUGAGCCAUUGGAUCCUACUAGUGUGGCUAGUGUUGUUCGUUAUGGGAAUUCAAAGAAAUUAUUAAUGUAUGAAGCUACCGGCUAUUCUCUCAUUUAUAAUCAGCUUUAUCCAUUUGAAGGCCUCCAAAAUUACACUUCUGGGAUUAUUCAUCAUGUUCUACUCGAUGAUCUGAGACCAGGGACAAAAUAUUACUACCAAUGUGGAGACCCAUCAAUACCAGCUAUGAGUGCUGUCCAUGUUUUCCGCACCAUGCCUGCUUCAGGUCCUAAUAGAUACCCAAAGCGGAUAGCUGUUAUUGGCGAUCUGGGUCUAACGUACAAUAGUACAUCCACAGUGGAUCAUAUGGCAAGUAACAAGCCGGAUCUAAUUCUUUUGGUUGGUGAUGUUACUUAUGCAAACUUAUAUCUGACAAAUGGGACUGGAUCAGACUGCUAUUCCUGUUCAUUUCCUGAAACACCAAUACACGAGACCUUUCAGCCUCGUUGGGACUACUGGGGAAGAUACAUGGAGCCUGUGAUUUCAGAAAUUCCAAUAAUGGUGGUUGAAGGAAACCAUGAGAUAGAACAGCAGGCUGAAAAUAAGGCCUUUGUGUCUUACAGCUCUAGAUUUGCAUUUCCAUCCGAAGAAAGUGAAUCAUUUUCUACAUUUUACUAUUCAUUCAAUGCUGGGGGAAUACAUUUCAUUAUGCUUGGGGCCUACAUUUCCUAUAACAAGUCAGGUGAACAAUACAAGUGGUUGGAAAGAGACCUGGAAAUGGUUGACCGAACAGUGACACCAUGGCUGAUAGCUACUUGGCAUCCACCUUGGUACAGCACAUAUAAAGCUCAUUAUAGAGAAGCCGAGUGUAUGAGGGUGGAAAUGGAGGAACUACUUUACUCUUAUGGUGUUGACAUUGUGUUCAAUGGUCAUGUUCAUGCCUAUGAACGAUCAAACCGGGUGUACAACUAUUCAUUGGACCCAUGCGGUCCGGUCUAUAUCACAGUAGGAGAUGGUGGCAACCGUGAGAAGAUGGCAGUCAACCAUGCAGAUGAUCCUGGUGGAUGUCCAGAUCCACUAACCACACCUGACGAGUACAUGGGUGGAUUCUGCGCAUUCAACUUCACUUCAGGCCCAGCUGCAGGCAAGUUCUGCUGGGACCGUCAGCCUGAGUAUAGUGCUUAUAGAGAAAGUAGCUUUGGUCAUGGGAUCCUAGAGGUGAAGAAUGAGACACAUGCUUUGUGGACAUGGCACCGCAAUCAGGAUCUUUACAACAGUACUGGAGAUGAGAUUUAUAUAGUUCGGCAGCCUGACAAGUGCCCUACCAAACCAAUCACCUUUCAGAACACAUAUAUUUAGCAGAGGUCUCCAGCAUGUUGUAUUGAAAGAUAAGUGUAUCCUUUCAAGUUAGGCAGAUUCAUCACCAUGUUUCCAGAUCGAUGAAGUUAUAUGAGUUAUACUUGCACUGAAAGAUCAUACAUUUGCAAGAGUUAUACAUUUCCAGGUCGAUGAAGUCUACUGGACAAACAAUAAUUGGAAAAUGAAUGUGAAUUCUUGAAAACGUUUUAGCA